GGCCGCGGGGCUGGGAUGAGCGCCAGCGCGGGUGGCGGCGGCGGCGGGGACAGCGGGGGCGGCGGGGACAGCGGGAGCAGCAGCAGCUCGCAGGCCUCCUGCGGGCCCGAGUCCUCGGGCUCUGAACUCGCCCCCGCCGCGCCAGCGCCGCGGAUGCUGCAGGGGCUGCUGGGCUCCGAUGACGAGGAGCAGGAGGACCCCAAGGACUACUGCAAGGGCGGCUACUACCCCGUGAAGAUCGGCGACCUGUUCAAUGGGCGGUACCACGUGGUGCGCAAGCUGGGGUGGGGCCACUUCUCCACCGUCUGGCUCUGCUGGGACAUCCAGCGCAAGCGCUUCGUGGCCCUGAAAGUGGUGAAGAGCGCGGGGCAUUACACCGAGACCGCCGUGGAUGAGAUCAAGCUCCUGAAAUGUGUCCGAGACAGUGACCCCAGUGAUCCCAAGAGAGAGACCAUCGUCCAGCUCAUCGAUGACUUCAGGAUCUCAGGGGUGAAUGGAGUCCAUGUGUGCAUGGUGCUGGAAGUCCUGGGCCACCAGCUCCUUAAGUGGAUCAUCAAGUCCAACUACCAGGGCCUGCCCGUGCCGUGCGUGAAGAGCAUCGUGAGGCAGGUGCUGCAUGGCCUGGACUACCUCCACACCAAGUGCAAGAUCAUCCACACAGACAUCAAGCCCGAGAACAUCCUGCUCUGUGUGGGUGACGCCUACAUCCGGCGCCUGGCCACCGAGGCCACGGAGUGGCAGCAGUCAGGGGCACCACCCCCAUCCCGCUCGACAGUCAGCACUGCCCCCCAGGAGGUCUUGACCGGCAAGCUGUCGAAAAACAAGAGGAAGAAGAUGCGGCGUAAACGGAAGCAACAGAAGCGGCUGCUGGAGGAGCGGCUGCGGGACCUGCAGAGGCUGGAGGCCAUGGAGGCCGCCGCCCAGGCUGAGGACGCCGGCUCAAGGCUAGAGGGGGGCAGCGGCUCCACCUCUUCUUCUGGCUGCCACCCCGGGGGGGCCAGGGCUGGCCCCUCCCCCGCCUCCUCUUCCCCUGCUGCAGGGGGCGAGCGCAGCCUCAGCCCAGGCUCCCAGACCUCAGGCUUCUCGGGCUCCCUUUUCUCUCCUGCCUCGUGCUCCAUCCUCUCAGGCUCCUCCAACCAGCGGGAGACUGGGGGCCUCCUGUCACCCAGCACACCGUUUGGUGCCUCGAACCUCCUGGUGAACCCCCUAGAGCCCCAAAAUGCAGACAAGAUCAAGAUCAAGAUCGCAGACCUGGGCAACGCCUGUUGGGUGCACAAGCACUUCACCGAGGACAUCCAGACUCGCCAGUACCGGGCAGUGGAAGUGCUGAUCGGAGCGGAGUACGGGCCCCCGGCUGACAUCUGGAGCACAGCGUGCAUGGCCUUCGAGCUGGCCACCGGCGACUACCUAUUCGAGCCUCACUCUGGAGAAGACUACAGUCGCGACGAGGACCACAUCGCCCACAUUGUGGAGCUGCUGGGAGACAUCCCCCCAGCCUUCGCCCUCUCAGGUCGCUAUUCCCGGGAGUUCUUCAACCGGAGAGGAGAGCUGCGGCACAUCCACAACCUCAAGCACUGGGGCCUGUACGAGGUGCUCAUGGAGAAGUAUGAGUGGCCCCUGGAGCAGGCCACGCAGUUCAGCGCCUUCCUGCUGCCCAUGAUGGAAUACAUCCCCGAAAAGCGGGCCAGCGCAGCCGACUGCCUCCAGCACCCUUGGCUCAACCCCUAGGCCCCACGGGCACUUUGUGCAGCUUGAGGCGGGCCUGGCCCACCCUCAAGCCCCUCCCAGUGCCUUCGGGGAAAGCAGGACGCCUUCUGCCAUCAGGCAGGAGCUGCCCUCCUCCCCCCUACUGGGUGCCAGCUUCCUCACAGCCCGUGGUGGGGCAGAGAGAUGUUGGAGCCCGGCCCACCGUUUAGAAUUCGUUCUGCCCCCAACCCUCACAAAGGGCCCUGAGUGGAAGUGUGCGUAUUUCUUUUCUUAAUAAAGUGUGAACUGAAA